CAAACAUAUAGAAGGAAAAAUGGAUCCCUUGUUUUGGCCAUCGGAAACUAACAGCUUCCGACGUUUCACCCCCGAGUCCUUGGCAGCAAUUGAGGAAAGAAUUGCUAAGAAAAAACAGCAGCAAGCCAAAGUUAGUGGGAAGUAUAAGGAUCAAGGAGUUGAAGAAGAUAAACUUACUCCUCAGCUUGAUCUGAAAACCUGCAAAAAACUUCCAUCUCUGUAUGGAGAUCUUCCUGUGGAGCUCAUUGGGGAACCCCUGGAAGAUGUUGAUCCAUACUACAGUGAUCACAAGACUUUUAUGGUGAUAAAUAAAAGGAGGACUAUUUUCCGGUUUGCAGCCACACCUGCUUUGUGUAUAGUUGGUCCUUUUAAUCCUGUCAGAAAAGCAGCAAUUAAAAUUCUGACCCAUUCAUAUCCUUUUAUUGGUUUCCCUUAUUUCAUUUUCAAUAGAUACUGUACCAUUUUCUGUCAUUUUGUUCCUCUAUUCAUAUUAAUGUUAAUGUAAGCUCAUGUGGCU